AUGGGUACUUUACGAGACCUCCAGUACGCACUUAAGGAAAAGAUAGAGGAGCUGAGACAGAGAGAUGCGCUAAUUGACGAACUUGAGCUCGAAUUAGACCAGAAAGAUGAACUGAUUCAGAAAUUACAGAAUGAGCUGGAUAAAUAUCGCUCCGUGAUUCGACCAGCGACACAACAGGUCCACAAACACACCGAGUUGCAGGAGCAACAGCGGACUAAACGCCAGGCUAUCUCUGCUGAACCCACGGCUUUCGACAUCCAAGAUCUUAGCCACGUAACGCUGCCGUUCUACCCCAAGAGUCCACAGUCUAAGGAGUUGAUCAAAGAGGCAAUUUUGGAUAAUGAUUUCAUGAAGAACUUGGAGCUGUCUCAGAUUCAGGAGAUUGUGGACUGCAUGUACCCGGUGGAGUAUGGGAAAGACAGCUGUAUCAUUAAAGAGGGUGACGUUGGCUCUCUCGUCUACGUCAUGGAAGAGGGGAAAGUGGAGGUGACUAAGGAGGGACUGAAACUUUGCACGAUGGGACCAGGCAAAGUGUUUGGAGAGCUCGCUAUUCUCUACAACUGCACCAGGACAGCUACAGUCAAGACUCUGAUGAAUGUGAAGCUGUGGGCCAUCGACAGACAAUGUUUCCAGACUAUCAUGAUGAGAACGGGCCUGAUCAAACAUGCAGAGUAUAUGGAGUUUUUAAAAAGCGUUCCGACGUUCCAUGGCCUGCCAGAGGAAAUUCUUAGCAAGCUAGCGGAUGUCCUUGAGGAGACUCACUAUGAGGAUGGAGAUUACAUCAUUCGGCAGGGAGCCAGGGGUGACACGUUCUUCAUUAUCAGUAAGGGGAAGGUGACUGUGACCAGAGAAGAUUGCCCUGGUACGGAUCCAGUGUAUCUCCGUUCCCUGGGGAGAGGAGACUGGUUCGGAGAGAAAGCCUUACAAGGAGAGGACGUCAGGACGGCCAAUGUCAUUGCUGCUGAAACAGUGACCUGUCUGGUGAUUGACAGAGACUCGUAUAAACAUCUGAUUGGAGAUUUGGAGGACGUGUCCAGUAAAGGCUGUGAAGACGCGGAGGCCAAAGCAAAGUACGAAGCAGAAAAUGCCUUCUUCUUGAACCUCAACCUGGCCGACUUUAACAUCAUCGACACUCUGGGCGUGGGGGGGUUUGGACGCGUGGAACUGGUGCAGCUGAAGAGCGAUGAGUCAAAGACGUUUGCCAUGAAGAUUCUGAAGAAGCGUCACAUCGUGGACACCAGGCAGCAGGAGCACAUUCGCUCAGAGAAACUCAUUAUGCAGGAGGCUCACUCCGAUUUCAUCGUCAGACUGUACCGGACGUUCAAAGACAGUAAAUACCUCUACAUGUUGAUGGAAGCGUGUUUAGGAGGGGAGCUGUGGACCAUUCUCAGAGACAAGGGUUCAUUUGAUGACUCCACCACACGGUUUUACACGGCAUGUGUGGUGGAAGCAUUUGCCUACCUGCACUCCAAAGGCAUCAUCUACAGAGACCUCAAACCAGAAAACCUUAUACUGGACCACAGAGGCUACGCCAAGCUGGUGGAUUUUGGCUUCGCCAAGAAGAUCGGCUUCGGAAAGAAGACGUGGACGUUCUGCGGCACGCCGGAAUACGUGGCCCCCGAGAUCAUCCUGAACAAAGGUCACGACAUCUCGGCCGACUACUGGUCUCUGGGAAUUCUGAUGUACGAGCUGCUAACGGGGAGCCCUCCUUUUUCGGGCUCUGACCCCAUGAAGACGUAUAACAUCAUCCUAAGAGGCAUCGACAUGAUCGAAUUUCCAAAGAAGAUUACCAAAAAUGCUGCCAACCUCAUCAAAAAGCUAUGCAGGGACACUCCUUCUGAGAGACUGGGAAACUUGAAAAAUGGUGUCAAAGACAUCCAAAAGCACAAAUGGUUUGAGGGCUUUAACUGGGAAGGCUUACGGAAAGGAACACUCACGCCGCCCAUUAUCCCCAGUGUAACAUCAGCUACUGACACGAGUAACUUUGACAGCUUUCCGGAGGACAACGAGGACCCCCCUCCAGACGAUAACUCAGGCUGGGACAGCGAUUUCUAG